CACUUGCCGGCGCAGAACGGUGUCCGUGAAGGUUUAGUGGUGCAGUAACGAUUUGGUUUGUUGGUUGAUUCCAUUUUACUACUGUCGCGUGGCUGCAACAUUGAUUGGUUUAAAAUAAAAAAAAAAUCGAGAGCCAAACAGAAUUAGAAUAGACAUGGUUCAGGAGUUUCGUGCUAAAAUCGUUUCUUGUGGUUAUUAAGCUCAAGCUCAGAUUAUGUUUACUGAAAGCAUUGAGUGUUUGUAAACUACUCUAACACAACUACUUGCACUAAACACAAGAAGACCUCGAGAACUGUCCAUCAUGAAGGUGAAAUUUCAGACACACUUAAGUUGAAAAUAUUCUUCCCAUCUCUGUGUGUGUGAAUAUUUGGCUGUGUUUAUCCUUAUCGUAUGAAAUAAGGCAAGACACUUUACACAACCAUCUGCUGACGUCAAGGAUCAGGUUACGUUGCAACGGCACCCCCAUCCCCGUCGCCGGCUACAAGUGACACUUUAAAAAGUGUUUGCAGGAACUAAAUAAUUGAGGAACGGAACGGAAACCGGUAGCACCAAUCGACAGCAAAAUCCGGACCGAUUCGAACUGCACAAACUCAACGGUAAGAAAGUCCGUAAACCGCAACCUGCUGACACACCUGACCACCCAGCGCGCCUCCAUCGAAUACUUUCCAGUUCGUGCUACACUUAAGGACGCCACGGGGAGAGCCACACGAGAAGCAGGAAAAGUUGUGCCUUUGCCUUCUCAUCGCCAUCCGCUUGACGUGUGUUUGUGUUUGUUAGUGUGAGUGUGUGUGUCUGUGAGUGCAGCUGUGCAUUAAAGAAGCAGCAGCAGCAGCAGUGUGUAUUGAAAUCUGCAUCGGAUCGUUGCGAAAAGCGAAGAGAUUAAGCGUAAUGAUGGCCAGAAGCGGCGCCGGACCUGGCUCAACGAUGCAGCUGCUGCUCGUUCGGCUACUGCUGAUGGGGCUGGUACUGCUGGUCGUACUGAACGGGGAAGUGGUGGCCGCCGGAAGUGUCCGUGCGACAGCGAGACAAACGACAGCCACUGUAGCGGAAGAUGAAGAUAGCAGCAGCAGUGCAGCAGUUGGAGGCUCAUCGGACGAGAUGCUCGAGGAGAGUGAAGAAAGUUUCGAACAAGACGCUAGCAGCAGUGGCGAAACCCCAUCCCCCAGCCGGCACGAAAGUGCGGAAUCGACAACCGAGCGAGGUGGCGCACCGGACGAAGAUGACGAUGCCGGUUCGGUAACGGGGACAACGUUAGGUUACGGUGCGGUGGCCACCACGCCCAAGAUAGUGGUGCGGCCCGUGAAGCAGCUAAGCCGCUACGAACAAGGCCUGGAAGACUACGACGAGGCGGCGGACCGUGCCGAGCGCGAGCAGCAGCAGCAGCAGCAGGAACAGAGCGUCGACCAGCAGUACAACAAUAUGGUGAAACCGAUGCUGACAUUAUUUAAUGUGAUAAGCACAGUUUUAUCGUCCGGAAGAUCAAUGCGCACGGUGACAGCGGGCUGGGAGCGGCCGGCAGCAGACGACACCGAGCGGACGUUAGCCACCACCGAUGACGGCAAUCCUGGCAAUAAAACCGAGAUCAUCACGGCUGGCGAAAAAUCAACAAGCGGUACCGCCGGUGGAGGUAAUGAAAAUGCCACCGCCGAGGGUCGCUACAUCAAGGGAGACCCUCUGAACGGAUACUACGAUUUUAUCAUAAGCGAAGGGUCGUACAAAUUUUGGGCCGUUUUCCAGCUCGUGACGGCCGCCGUGGUCAUCUACUCGACGCUAACCGCCAUUUACUACUCGAAAGUGGCACCGCUUACGGCGGAUUACGACUAUAUCGAUUAUCUGAACGGUGGCCGCUCGUUUGCCGGCGCACGGCCGUUAGAUGAGACGGGUUCCCGGUCCGCCCAAACCAGUGGCAGACGCGCGUCGGGAUGGAUGGACAACCUGUCCAGCAGCAGCUGGUUCGGUCCAGCUGCACAAGGCUUCACGAUUGUGAUGGAAGCGAUCGAACGGCAGCAGAAAUGGUGAGACCUCUGUGUGUGAGGUGGAUGUGGUGGAAAAAUAGCAGCUUCCAAUUUCUAUGAAAUAUCCGAACACAUGGUACACCUGACCAAAUUGGAAAACGCUUGGAUAUUUCAUGGCAAAUUACGUACGGUUUGGAAUUCGUCGAAUGGUUUUCAUACUCAGGCAGUGUAGGCGUUUGUAAUGCAAAAACUAUAGGAAGAAAGAUUGUGUGAGUGGUGUAACGGGGACGAGUGGUCACAGAAGAGGCACGUGGGCUGAUCGGUAAUCUGGACAGGGAUUGAUUCCACGUACUUUUAAUCGGAAAGCCCACAGUUAAACAUAGAUUUAGCAACGAAAAACAACCAGCUUUAGCUAUAACAGUAAAGAGACCUGCAGGUUAGAUGCUCUGUCACAGGAUUUAAUUUAACUUCUCGUAAUACAAAUAAAAAAACACACUGGAUUAAA